ACUCACUCACAUACAUAUAUAUGUAGCAUUUGUCGCCACACAGCUCCAUUAUGACAUCAUCAGUGACAUCACAAGUGAGUGAAAGCAUAUAAACCCCACAUUUCAGUUCAGCAGCUCAUUCUUGAUUAAUCACUCGUAGCGAUAGGUUGAUUGACUUAUGCUCUAAAAUUACCAACACAAUGAAGAGGAAAGCGAGUGAAGGUAUUGAUGACCAGAUCCUCGCCCAGAUGUUCCUGAUCAAGAGGACCCGCACUGAUGGUAAGGAGGUGAACUUUUCCACCCUCACCUUCCCACAGAAGUUGUGGCACAUAGUAGGGAACAAGACCUACAAGUCCAUCGGAUGGCACCAGUGGGGAACCUGCAUCAUCAUUGAUGUAGAGCUUUUCUCAGCUGAAAUUCUUAGUCGACAGGGAGAGCUAAAGAUCUUUGACACUUCAGUUAUGAAGAGCUUCAUGCGACAGCUCAACCUGUAUGGCUUUAAGAAGAUCAGAUCCUUGGAGGGCAGGUUAGAGAGCAGCGGUAUGGAUCAGCUGGAGUCUACUUUUAAGAAAGAAGUGUACUACAAUGGAUACUUCCGUAGAGAGCACCCUGAGCUCCUCAUCCAUGUGAAGCGCCGUUUGCAGGUCAAAGCAAAACGGAACUCUGUUUCUAAGUCCAUGACAUUGGCCUGCACCUCCCAAAGUCAGACAACUCAGUCAGGCCUGAUUGAGGAGGAGACCCGUAAUACCUCCAAGACCUCCUUGGAUCUCAGCUUCAGCCAAGAAGCCAUCAGUGAUGCUCCACCUGUGACCUCCUCUGUUGAUUCCAGCCUGGACUCUACCCUGCAGUCUCUUCUGGCCAAAAUGACUGAUUUGGCCCAGACCACCAGGACAGAUCUCCACCUGAAUGCUGCCCAGCUGCAGAGCACCUUGGCUGCAUUGAUUCCUUCAAUGCCACCAUCAGUGCUCGCUGACUUGAGCAGCCUGGUCUCCAGAGCACUGGCCCAGCCUUGCCCCAAAUGUGGGCACAAUCCUCUGUGCUCUGAGGACUCUGGGAAAGUUGGGCAUCAGUGAUGCUCCAUCCCUGACCUCCUCUGUUGAUUCCAGCCUGGACUCUAUCCUGCUGUCUCUUCUGCUGAAAAUGACUGAUUUGGCCCAGACCAUCAGCACAGACCUCCAAGUGAAUGCUGCCCAGCUGCAGAGCACCUUGGCUGCAUUGAUUCCUUCAAUGCCACCAUCAGUGCUCGCUGACUUGAGCAGCCUGGUCUCCAGAGCACUGGCCCAGCCUUGCCCCGAAUGUGGACAUAAUCCUCUGUGCUCUGAGGACUC